UCAAGGUAACUUUUCCCGCUCUUUUCUAGUGAAACGCGAUGUCCAGGAAAAUGAUGAAGAAGCGGUGCAAGUCAAAGAGCAGAGCAUCCUGGAGCUGGGGUCGCUUUUGGCCAAGACUGGGCAGGCAGAAGAGCUGGGAGGACUUCUGAAAUAUGUUCGACCUUUCUUGAACUCCAUCAGCAAAGCAAAGGCAGCCCGCUUAGUCCGAUCUCUGCUCGAUCUGUUCCUUGACAUGGAGGCAGCAACAGGACAGGAGGUUGACCUGUGUUUAGAGUGUAUUGAAUGGGCCAAAUCAGAGAAGAGGACUUUCCUACGCCAGGCGCUGGAGGCGAGGCUGGUCUCUUUGUACUUCGAUACCAAGAGGUACCAAGAAGCGCUGCAGCUAGGCUCCCAGCUUCUUCGGGAAUUGAAAAAGAUGGACGACAAGGCAUUGCUGGUGGAAGUACAGCUGUUAGAAAGUAAGACUUACCAUGCCCUGAGCAAUCUGCCAAAAGCAAGAGCAGCCUUAACCUCUGCACGGACUACAGCCAACGCAAUCUACUGUCCACCGAAGCUGCAGGCAGCGUUAGACAUGCAGUCAGGUAUUAUCCAUGCAGCAGAAGAGAAGGACUGGAAAACAGCCUACUCGUAUUUUUAUGAGGCAUUUGAAGGAUAUGAUUCGAUUGACAACCCAAAAGCCAUCACUGCACUGAAAUACAUGUUGCUGUGCAAAAUCAUGCUGAACAUCCCAGAAGAUGUGCAAGCGUUAGUGAGUGGAAAGCUUGCUCUGCGGUAUGCAGGAAGACAGACAGAAGCACUAAAAUGUGUGGCACAGGCCAGUAAGAACCGAUCGCUGGCAGACUUUGAAAAGGCUCUGACAGACUAUAAGGUGGAGCUCAGGGACGACCCCAUCAUAAACACUCACUUGGCUAAGCUCUACGAUAACUUAUUGGAACAGAAUCUGAUCAGAGUCAUCGAACCCUUCUCCAGAGUACAGAUUGAACACAUAUCCAGCCUCAUCAAGCUCUCAAAGGCUGAGGUAGAAAGGAAACUGUCACAGAUGAUCUUGGACAAGAAAUUUCACGGCAUCCUUGACCAAGGCGAGGGCGUCCUGAUCAUCUUCGACGAACCCCCCGUAGACAAAACUUACGAAGCUGCCCUCGAGACUAUUCAGAAUAUGAGCAAAGUAGUGGAUUCGCUCUACAACAAAGCCAAGAAGCUAACAUAGAGUUGAAUUUGCUAGCUGUCAUUUGGAGAGUGUGUGUGACAGGAGAGUGAAACCUUUGGGAAAAUGUUAGGAGACUUUUUUUUUUUUUUCUUUGUUCUACUUUUCGCUCGGAAAGUUUUUAAACUUCCUCAUCCAGUGCAUCUUGUAUUCCAUACGAUGCGUGUUCCAGUUUCCAUGUAAUCUUUACUGGCCGAACUUUGUAUCUGGGGGGGGGAAUAUUGUUUAAACAAAGAGGGUAUUCUAAAUAAAAGGAAAAAGGCUUACACUACCUAAACAUGUGCUUUCCACUUCCUGAGGGAUGGCAGAGAGUUAAGCAGGGACAAAGUUUUGUUACCAGUAGGUGCCCAAGACAAGUUUGUUUCAUCUCUCCCUCUGCUCUGAAAUCUGAGACUUACUGACCGUGUUUAAGCAGCCAAGUUUAUUCCAUUUGUACUGAACCAAAAAAAACCCGAAAUGUACAGACUGCUGGCUUCUUUUGAAAUCUUCAAGGCCUCAGAUCCCCUCGAAAGCAGCUCGACAAUGAUUUUCCUGAAGGCUUUCGCACCCGAGGAACCUGCUUCAGAAUUGUCAUUGUGCUGUGCUAGCCCAGACCCACCCUGCGCAGCCAAAAACCUCCAGACGGCUGCAGCCACUCUCUAGACCAUUAGGCCAGUUUCUAAUAAAGGGAACAGCGCAGGUUUCCCCGGGAGGCCUGCAUUGCAUGCUAUUGUUUUAAAAUAGAUUAGAUUUUAAAUGUUUUAUCCGUUCCCCCCCCCACCUGCAUUGGUAGGAAGAACAGGUGAGCAGGCGUUCCCCGCGUCCUCGCCUCCCUGCGGGAGCCAAACCUCCUGCGGCGGGGGGGGGGGGGGGUGGGCCCGGGGGGAG